UAAAUGUCACGUUCAGGUUUGCAUUUGUUAUAGAAACCAAGACCACAAAUCCAAGUGAAGAGAGCGAUCAGUGACUGGUCACUCUCAUUCGAUUUGAUCUGUCCACAGUGAACCCAACGCCGCCGGCGAUUUCUGCAGCUUCCUCCGGCGACGAAGACCUUGUCAUUGACCACCAUAUUCAUAGUCGCCGCCGCCGCCGCCGUCUGUCCGUCACCAGUGGAAAUAUGUUCUGAUCCUGGUUGUUGAGGUGCAAGGUGCCUCCUAGGUGCAUAGGUACCCCUGGGUCUACAAGAAUGGUGUAUGCCCUUCAAACCAAAAUGCGGACGUGAUGGGGAUGGAGUUCAUGAUUGGAAGAAAAACACCUUUCCUGUUUAAUGCUUUUGUUUCACAAGUUGUAAAUAAAAUCAGACAUUUUCUAGUAUCACCAUACUUGUGAUGCCUGGUCUUCACACUAAAUGAAGACAGCUAGAGGAUGGCGUGUAGGCAUAAAAGACUUCCUAAUGAUGUCUGGUACUCGGCAACGACCACAUUUGAAAGGGCCAAACUGGGUUAUUGUAUUAGUGUGUUUGGUCAGCAUUUUUCUGAUUGGAGUCUAUAUAUAUCCGCCUAGGAACUCUGCAGCCUGCUAUAUCUUUUUCUCCGAUAGCUGUUCUGAGCAUGAAACCGCUCCAGCCAUUCCUUCCAGAGAAUUAACCGAUGAAGAGAAUGCAGCGCAGGUGGUGAUCACAGAAAUUUUGAAGUCAUCUCCUAUUACCUCAAAGAACCCGAAAAUUGCUUUUAUGUUCCUGACUCCUGGUCCAUUACCGUUUGAAAUGCUCUGGGACAAGUUCUUUCAAGGCAACGAUGAUAGAUUCACUGUUUACGUGCAUGCCUCGAGAGAACAGCCAGAGCAUCGUAGUCCUCACUUUGUUGGUCGGAAUAUACGAAGUGACAAGGUUGAUUGGGGGAAAAUAUCCAUGGUUGAUGCAGAAAAAAGACUAUUAAUGAACGCACUUCAAGAUCCAGACAAUCAACAAUUUGUUUUGCUAUCUGACAGCUGUGUACCAUUGCAUCACUUCGAUUAUGUGUACAACUACCUAAUCUUCACAAAUGUUAGUUUCAUUGACUGUUACAAUGAUCCAGGUCCACAUGGAGGUGGUCGGUAUUCAGAGCAUAUGCUACCUGAAGUUGAAUACAAGGAUUUUCGAAAGGGUUCACAGUGGUUCACUAUGAUUCGACGGCAUGCUCUACUAAUUAUGGCCGAUAGUCUCUACUACAAGAAAUUCCGGCUUUACUGCAGGCCAGGCAUGGAAGGGCGCAAUUGUUAUGCCGACGAACAUUACUUCCCAACACUUUUUCGGAUGGUUGAUCCUGGUGGAAUUGCCAAUUGGUCUGUAACAUAUGUUGAUUGGUCGGAAAGAAAGUGGCACCCAAAGUCAUAUAAAUCUCAAGAUGUUACUUCCAAGCUUCUUAGAAACAUAACGGCCUUUGAUACUAGCCUGCAUUUCACAAGUGAUGAGAAGAAGACUGUGUUGACAACGCCAUGCAUAUGGAACGGAAUGAAGCGGCCUUGCUUCCUAUUCGCAAGAAAGUUCUUUCCUGAAACUUUGGAUAACUUAAUGCAACUUUUCUCAAAUUCUACAGCGUUCUGAAUUGGGCAUUGUCAUUUAUGGAUCGAUUCACAACAGAAUCCGACCCUCCCUCCCUCCCUCUCACUGAUUUCCAUAUACAAACUUGUGCCUAUCGGCAUGUUGUAGCAGCACGUGAUUUGCGUAGUUGACGAGGCUUUGGAUGAUGCUUUAUGGAUUUCAUUUUUAGAUUGUUAAAAGUUUUGACCCUUCUUUUUAUGAUACCUAUUUUUCAAUAUAUUUUGGGCAAUUGUCUUGUGUUGAUGGGAUUUUUUUUAUGUUGUUUUCUGGUUUAUAAGAUGCAUAUAUUACGAGUUGCUUUA